AUGUACCUAGUACUUACGUGGCCAUUCGGCUACUGCUCUGGUACGCAGAGGGGGUUGUGUAAAAUGAAUCCAUUGCCCCAGGACAUGACUAUACACGGCAUAUGGCCAGUGGACAGUGCUGGGAACUCUAUCCUUUCUUGUAAGAAGGCCCAGGAUCUUACUGCUGUGUUCAAUGACAAAACAUUGCAGGAUAAUUUGCUGGAUCACUGGCCUAGUCUCACUGGCCUGAUUAGCAAUAUAAAGUCGCAAAGGGAUUUUUGGUCUUAUGAAUAUAACAAACACGGAAAUUGUCAAUCGAAGAUGGCCAAAGAUUAUUUCUGGGCAGGCAUCAGUUUGAAGCAGCACACUAGCAUCUUCCAAGCUUUAAAGGAUGCAAACAUAAUGCCUGGUCAACAUUACAAACGGGCUGAUUUUGAAAAAGCAAUCAAAGCAAAAGUGGGCACAAGUGAUAUUUGUUUAAGGUGCUUAAAAAAUCAAAAUGGUGACUUUCUGCUCAAAGAGAUUUACCUCUGCAUUGAUGCACAAGCAACAAAGGUCAUACCUUGUCCAAAAAAAGAAGUACAAAAGAGCAAUAAUUGUGGAUAUGGCACCAUCAAGUUUGUUUCUGCUGUUGAAUCUAUAAUUGUGUAA